AUGCCUGUGAUGAAGGGCCUCCUUGCUCCACAAAACACCUUCCUGGACACCAUUGCAAACCACUUUGACGGCACUCACAGUAACUUCCUGCUGGGAAAUGCUAAGGGCCGCCACGGCCACCCCAUUGUGUACUGCUCUGAUGGGUUCUGUGAGCUGACAGGCUUUGUUAGGAAUGAGGUGAUGCAGAAAACCUGUACCUGCACCUUCCUGCACGGAGCCGAGACCAAUGAGAGUGUGAUCCAGCAAGUGGAAAAAGCUCUGGAGGGCCAACAGGAGUUCCAGGGAGAAGUCUGCCUCUACAGGAAAAAUGGAAAUUUAUUUUGGUGCCUGCUGGAUAUCGUGCCUAUCAAAAAUGAGAAAGGUGAGGUGGUGCUGUUCCUGUUGUCCUUCAAAGAUAAUACUGAAUCUCAUGGGAAGAGUCGUCGCUUCAGCCGAGGAGACGGUAUGUCAGAGGCAGCUAAUGAGAACAUCAAAAGCAGUCGAUCGCGCUUGUCCCAAGCUCGAGAGAGAGGGAGGACCAUCCUGCAGCACCUCAGCAACCUGUUCACCAAGAGAGGGAAGAGGAAACUGACCAGAAGUGUGUUUCAGAAACCGUCUGUUCCUGAAUACAAGGUGGCAGCUGUGAAGAAGUCACGAUUCAUCCUACUGCAUUACAGCAUCUCCAAGGCCUUGUGGGACUGGCUUAUUCUACUGGCCACGUUUUAUGUUGCUGUAGCUGUUCCCUAUGACAUCUGCUUUGUCAGUCAUGAUGAAGGCAGCGACCAUCACUCUCUCAUCAGUCGCAGCACUAUAGGCUCCGACAUAGCUGUGGAGAUGCUCUUCAUACUUGAUAUAAUCCUGAAUUUCCGCACCACAUAUGUAAGUCAGUCAGGUCAGGUGGUGUAUGACACCCGAUCCAUCUACCUCCAUUACUGCACCACUUGGUUCUUUGUGGAUCUGAUAGCAGCCCUGCCCUUCGACCUUCUCUAUGUCUUCAACAUCACAGUGACCUCACUGGUGCACCUGCUGAAGACAGUUCGUCUGCUCCGUCUGCUGCGCCUGUUACAAAAGCUGGACCGUUAUUCCCAGUACAGCGCUGUGGUCCUGACUCUGCUCAUGUCAGUGUUUGCUCUGCUGGCUCACUGGAUGGCCUGUGUGUGGUAUGUCAUUGGACGCCAGGAGAUUGAAAGCAGUGACCCUGUUACCUGGGACAUAGGAUGGCUUCAGGAGCUGGGAAAGCGUCUGGACACACCGUUCAUCAACAGCACCAUGGGUGGUCCGUCCAUGCCGAGCGCCUACAUCGCUUCUCUCUACUUCACCCUCAGCAGCCUCACCAGUGUGGGAUUUGGCAACGUCUGUGCUAACACAGACGCAGAGAAAAUCUUCUCCAUCUGCAUCAUGCUCAUUGGUGCUCUGAUGCAUGCAGUCGUCUUUGGUAAUGUGACAGCCAUCAUUCAGCGCAUGUACUCCCGCCGCUCUCUUUACCACACCCGGAUGAAGGAUCUCAAAGACUUCAUCCGUGUGCAUCGGCUACCUCAGCAGCUGAAGCAGAGGAUGCUGGAGUACUUUCAGGCCACCUGGUCUGUCAACAAUGGCAUCAACGCCAAUGAGCUGCUGCAUGACUUCCCAGAUGAACUGCGGGCAGACAUUGCCAUGCAUCUGAACAAAGACAUCCUUCAGCUGCCUGUAUUUGAGCGAGCCAGCAGAGGCUGUCUGCGCUCCCUCUCCCUGCACAUCAAGACCUCCUUCUGUGCACCAGGGGAAUAUCUCAUACGACAUGGAGAUGCCUUACAAGCAAACUACUUUGUCUGCUCGGGGUCUCUGGAGGUUCUGAAAGAUGGCAUGGUCCUGGCCAUACUAGGUAAAGGUGAUCUUAUUGGGGCUGACCUCCCAGAACAGGACAAAGUGAUUAAGACCAAUGCAGAUGUGAAGGCAUUAACCUACUGUGACCUGCAGUACAUCAGUGUCAGGGCUUUGAGGGAGGUCCUCGGACUGUACCCCGAGUACGGCAGCCGCUUCAGCUCGGACAUUCAUCAAAACCUCACCUACAACCUGAGAGAGGGCAGUGAAGCUGACGGAGGGAAAAGGUUUCCAUGGUCAUCCAGGCUGUCGCAGGGCCGUGGUUCUUUUGACCUUAAAGUGCCCUUUAUAAUUGAGGCAGAUAAUGUGGAGCUUGGAGAAGACAUAAGACACACCCACCACAGGAAACUUCCUCUGUUUCAAGAAACAGGCAGCCCCGUCCAUCAGCCCUGCCUCAGCACCCUGUUAGGAGAGGAGCUCCGCCACAUCAAUGCACUCCGCCUGUGUCGCUCACCUGUUCAGGGUGGCAGAGGCCACAGCCCCUCUCCACAGUCUUUCUUCACCGAGGAGCUCUCUCCUUCUCCUCUUUCAGGUCACACUAGUGACUCAGGCUUGGCACAUCGGCCUGCUAAGCUUCUCAUGCCAUCCUUACCUUGUGUUAGUCCACUGAAUCUUAGCCCGAGGGUUGUGGAUGGAAUAGAGGACAAUGGUCACUCCUUUCAAUUUAAUGUGGAGCAGUGCGAGGCAAAGACUAAUGUUACAGAUCGCUUUCAGGUGAGUGCCAACCUGCUCCUGGAGACGGAGGAAGUGAGACAGAAUGUCGGUACACUUAACAAAGAGGUGAGCAACUUGAACCAGGAGGUAUCCAGCCUGGCCAAGGAGUUCCAUGACAUGAUGCAUUUCCUACAGUCUCACAUGGCAAUGCUCCAUUACCCCCCAACAGUCUCUUCAUAUUCCUAUGGUGUCCAAAUGGAUUCUAGCCCUAGUGUGACUUCCUCCAGCAGCUGGCAGCCCCAUGUCCCUUUAAAUAUCUCCACUGGGCUGCACCUUCAUCAUGAAGCUAUCAGCCACCCUACCAAAAAUAUGUGUGGCUGCAGCAGGAUGUCCACCCAGACCAGAGGUCCCUCCUUGUUGCACUCAUCAAGCCCUAUGUCACCUUGUUUACAUAUGUACUGCUCUGACAGAGAAGGGGUUGCAGCACACAGGUUACAGAAUCAGUGUGGCCCCUUCCAAACUUCCAGAACAACUCCAAACUCACCCUAUAUGACCCAUCCGCAUGCCCGUGCAGGUCCAUCCCUUCUCAGUGCUGCCUUCAGUUCUUACCCUGUGAUCUCUCAGGCCUACAGUGCCCCGAUUCACACUAUUAGCAACUCUCACCCAAUAUGUUCCCUGGUGAAUUCAGGCUACCCUCAUUCCCCUCUGAGAGUCCAAACGAGCCCUGAUCCACCACAAAACCAGAACAACUCCCAGACACCUAUCCAUUCCUCCAUCACUCCCUCUGGCCUGCCACAGUAUCACACCACCUUCAGUUCUCUCAGCCCAUUGAGAGUCCAUGCUUCAGUUUGUACGAGUCACAAUCAAAGCCAUCAGGGUGCCAUCAAUGGCUCCAGGCAAAGUGAGCCAGUAGGAUCCAGCCCAGUGCACAGCAGACAGGAUGUUUCAUAUUCUCUGCUGGGGCAGGUGACAGACAGUAGAGAAUGUAGAGCUUCACUGUAUCAAGAAAGGUCGGACAAUAUUGAGUAUCAGGACAUGAGCAGCAGUACUCUAAGUGUAGAUGUUCAAUCACCUCUCUUGGACAUGGAGGGAAUACAAACACUACAAUAGUGGCCUCUGUGUCUUGCUGUGUUAGAGGAAUAUGGCUAACUUUAACUUACCUUUAAAGACUUUGGAAGUAAAGUUUCUGUUGAAUAGAAUUAUCUCUUACCAAAUGGACAACAACUGACACACCUCUGCUACAACAAAGGAAAUCUUUUGUACAGGAUGUUUCUUGUCAGUUUUCACAUGGAAUUGGUAUCUGUCAAUGUUUUCAUCUGUUCUACAGGAACUGUUAUGGGGGAAAGUAUAUAUAUUUAUGAAAGACUUUCUUCUAGCAUUUCAAAAAAGGGGAGAAUUUUGGGAUAUAUUGUUAUUUCAAUGAUACCUUGAGCUAGUGUUGAACCAGGCCUGAGAUGCAAGUUACAUCUACUAGCAUGCAGCGCCUCUCAGUGGUGAUAGAUGGUUAGAACAUUUCGUUGCUCAGCCUAGUGAGACAAACCUGGCUGCUCUUCUGAUUAAUUGCCUUGAAACUAAGGUCAAUGUUUAAUAAAUCAAAAAGACAGAACAACUUGAGUUGAUAAAGAAAAUCUUAUCAUUUGUGUCAAAUAUUUCCAGUAUAGUGCUUUAAUAUUGAUCUUUUCAUACCCUUUCAGUCUUUAUUAAACAAUCCUAAGUAUCUGCCAGACCAUGGUCACGUUGUGCGCUGUGGGAUUAUUUUGGUUUGUAGAGUUGUUGAAUUUAACUUUCAGUUUCAUUUAAAGAAGAAAACCUUGAAAGAAGUUUUGCAGUUGUCCUGCAUAAUUCCUAUACCAGCAUUAUUUAACAAAUGACACUUAUUUCAGACUGAAGUUCUCCUGAACUUUUGAGAUAUAAAUGCAUACACUUAUAAUUGACUUUUUUUGCUUGAUAACAUUGGAAAGUACAGGAAUUCCUUGAGACACUCAGUGCUCCUCUUCAAUGAGAGCACGAGUUUUUAGUGAAGUUAAUCUCUGUAAAUAGUACUCCUAUAUGUACCCCUUAAGCACUUAAUGUGAAAUCCUGACCUAAAUGUUGUACUUGAAGGCAUGUCAGUUGUUGGGGGUACACAGUGGCAUUACCACCAAUGCUGUCAAAACAGCAACAUAAUUGUAAAUCAUUUGUAUGUGUUGUUGUAUUUAAGCUAUUUAUCUCAAGGGAACUACGAGAAUAAAUAACUGUUCUGUUUGUAGGUUGAAUUUUAUUGAGGAAAGUAAAUUAAGCUAUCCUCUUGUACAAUACACAAAUUAUAGCUCUGAAGAUCUUAUCAAGGUUUCAACCUUCCACAAACUCUCCUAAGUAGGCCUCGCACAGCUGUUGUAUCUGAAAAUCAGAGUAUUUGAUAUGUUGCAUGCACCAUCAUAUAAUUUUUAAUGUUUGUUAGACUCCAAACGUUGUAUUUACAUUUUUUUGUUUGUUUUUUGGAGAUGAAUAAAAAAAUGGAUCAUGAA